CCGGUUUGAGCGGAGCCGCUUCCUGCUGCUCGGCGGCGCGGUUGGCCGCCUGGGGGAGCGCUGGCGAGGCGCGGACGGCGGGCGGCCGGCACCUCGGCCCGGGGCACUGGCUCUCGGGCGCGGCGUCGGUGGCGGCGCGGACCCGCGGACCCGGCAGCACGACAUUCUAAAAUAAAUCCAUCAGAAUGACACCUUCUCAGGUUACCUUUGAAAUAAGAGGAGCUCUUUUACCAGGAGAGGUUUUUGCAAUAUGUGGAAGCUCUGAUGCUUUGGGAAACUGGAAUCCUCAAAAUGCUGUGUCCCUUCUUCCAGAGAACGAGACAAGUGAAAGCAUGUUAUGGAAAGCAACCAUUGUACUUAGUAGAGGAGUAUCAGUUCAGUACCGCUACUUCAGAGGGUGCUUUUUAGAACCAAAGACUAUCGGUGGUCCAUGUCAAGUCAUAGUUCACAAGUGGGAGACUCAUCUACAACCACGAUCAAUAACCCCUUUAGAAAGUGAAAUUAUUAUUGACGAUGGACAAUUUGGAAUCCACAAUGGUGUUGAGACUCUGGAUUCUGGAUGGCUGACGUGUCAGACUGAAAUCAGAUUACGUUUGCAUUAUUCUGAGAAACCUCCUGUCUCAAUAACCAAGAAAAAAUUAAAAAAAUCUAGAUUUAGGGUAAAGCUGACACUAGAGGGUCUGGAGGAAGAUGACGAUGAUAGGUUAUCUCCCACUGUUCUUCACAAAAUGUCCAAUAGUCUGGAGAUAUCCUUAAUAAGUGACAAUGAGUUCAAGUGCAGGCAUUCACAGCCGGAGUGUGGGUAUGGCUUACAGCCUGAUCGUUGGACAGAGUAUAGUAUACAGACAAUGGAACCAGAUAACCUGGAACUAAUAUUUGAUUUUUUUGAGGAAGAUCUCAGUGAACACAUAGUUCAGGGCGAUGCUCUUCCUGGACAUGUGGGUGCAGCAUGCCUCUUAUCAUCCACCAUUGCAGAGAGUGGGAAGAGUGCUGGAAUCCUUACUCUUCCCAUCAUGAGCAGAAAUUCCAGAAAAACAAUAGGCAAAGUGAGAGUUGACUAUAUAAUUAUUAAGCCGUUACCAGGAUACAAUUGUGACAUGAAAUCUUCAUUUUCCAAGUAUUGGAAGCCAAGAAUACCAUUGGAUGUUGGACAUCGAGGUGCAGGAAAUUCUACAACAACUGCUCAGCUUGCUAAAGUUCAAGAAAAUACUAUUGCUUCUUUAAGAAAUGCUGCUAGUCAUGGUGCAGCCUUUGUAGAAUUUGAUGUACAUCUUUCAAAAGAUUUUGUGCCUGUAGUGUAUCAUGAUCUGACCUGUUGUUUGACUAUGAAAAAGAAAUUUGAUGCUGAUCCAGUUGAAUUAUUUGAAAUUCCAGUAAAAGAAUUAACCUUUGACCAACUCCAGUUGUUAAAGCUCACUCAUGUGACUGCACUAAAAUCUAAAGAACUGAAAGAAUCUGUGGUUGAGGAGGAAAAUUCCUUUUCUGAAAAUCAGCCAUUUCCUUCUCUUAAGAUGGUUUUAGAGUCUUUGCCAGAAGAUGUAGGGUUUAACAUAGAAAUAAAAUGGAUCUGCCAACAAAGGGAUGGAAUAUGGGAUGGUAACUUAUCGACAUAUUUUGACAUGAAUCUGUUUUUGGAUAUAAUUUUAAAAACUGUCUUAGAAAAUUCUGGGAAGAGGAGAAUAGUAUUUUCUUCAUUUGAUGCAGAUAUUUGCACAAUGGUUCGGCAAAAGCAGAACAAAUAUCCCAUAUUAUUUUUGACUCAGGGGAAAUCUGAUAUUUACCCUGAACUCAUGGACCUCAGAUCUCGGACAACCCCCAUUGCAAUGAGCUUUGCACAGUUCGAAAAUCUACUGGGGAUAAAUGCACAUACUGAAGACCUUCUCAGAAACCCGUCCUAUAUUCAAGAGGCAAAAGCUAAGGGACUGGUCAUAUUCUGCUGGGGUGAUGAUACCAAUGAUCCUGAAAACAGAAAGAAAUUAAAGGAAUUUGGAGUUAAUGGUCUAAUUUAUGAUAGGAUAUAUGAUUGGAUGCCUGAACAGCCAAAUAUAUUCCAAGUGGAGCAGUUGGAACGUCUGAAGCAAGAAUUGCCAGAGCUUAAGAGCUGUUUGUGUCCCACUGUUAGCCGCUUUGUCCCCUCAUCUUUUUGUGGGGAGCCUGACAUCCUUGUGGAUGCCAACGGCAUAGAUAAUGUGGAGAAUGCUUAGUGUUUAUUGGGCGGAGACCAUUCGGGGCAUGCAUCGCUGUUCUGGGUAUUCACUUUUCAUCACUGAGCAUUGUUUAUCUAUGCCUUUUAGGUUUUCAGUCCAGUGAAGCAAUAAUGAAGUAUUUUAAUAUUUCACUACAGUUCUUGCUAGAAUUUCAAGUAUUCUAUUUAAAUCACUUGGCCAGGUAUAAUUACCAGUCAGUCUCUUUACAAUGAAAAAAUUUGUUGGUUGGUAAAUAUUUUAAACUAAAUAUGUAAGUUAUAAUGUUAAAUAUUCAUUAACAACAUAACACUUUGAAAUUAACUAUACAAAUAUCUCAUAUUUACACUUAUUACAGCUUUUCAUUUGAUCAGGUCUGAAAUAUUUAGCACUCAAGGAACAUGACUAUGCAUAAUUAUACCUGACCAUGGGAAAAAUAAGUACCUCAAAUGCAUGCAUUUGCACUGGUGAUUCCAACUGCACAAACUUUUGUGCCAUCUGUGUAUUUUUCACAUGAAUUGACAUUCACACCAUUUUCAUUCAGUAUGAACCUUGAGGCUGCUGCCAUUUCCCCACUUAACCAAACCAAUGCCUGUGUAAAUAGCCUAGAGGUGAUCCUUGAAAACUUGUUUCAUAAAUCUUUCAAAAGUUCUUUUGCAUAAAUAUUAAAAUUUCAAAAAACUGCAGGGUAACAAUGUAUAAAAUAUUAGAAGUAUGGAUUGAAGACUUAGUACAGUAGAUGAUAAUGUAUAAAUUCUGUUGAAUGCAUGCUUUUUGUUUUAAGCAUGAGAUAGUACACGUUUACUGUAAGUCCUUGCAUCUGUGGUGCUAGGUGAGUGUGAGAAGGUGUCAAGGACUGAAAAAUAAUUUGUUGCCUAAAAAAAAAAAAAAAAAGGAAAAAAAAAAGCCUAUUUGUAGGCAUUUUAAAUAUGCUUAAGUGUCUCUCACUACCUGUUACACACCGUUGCUUUGUGGGUUUGCUUUGUGUGUGUGUUGUACAGUAGUUAAAUCUCUGUGCAGAAAAAUAAAUGUCCUGAAUUCUUA